AUGGAUUUUUUUCGUUCUCACGUUCCUUUCCUGAGUGAAGUGUAUUCGCCAUUUGUUUUCGGCUAUACUGGUCGAGUGCAGACGAUACUUGGAUCUAUAUUUCAUCGUGCGGAAAGGUGUAACUACGAUGAGUACGACUUGGUAUUGAAUAUUGUACCAUUCCAUAGAGAGGUUGUGGACCUUGCAGAUGGCGGGGAAGUGACGCUUUCGUGGGUUAACUUUGAUGGAAUGGCUGAUGAUACUCCCAUCGCUGUCCUUUUACCCGGUUUGACUGGAUGCGGCUGCUGCGAUUAUAUUACAAGCAUUGUGAAAGGAAUCAAUGAAUGCAAAUACAGAUGUGUCGUUUUUAACAAUCGUGGAACAUGUCGACGGAAGUUGAAGACUCCCCGAGCUUACUGCGCCUCGAAUACCUCUGACGUUGCAUUGGUUUUCGAUCACAUUCGAUACCGAUAUCCAAACGCACCGAUGAUUGCAGUGGGUAUAUCGUUUGGCGCGUAA